AUGACGAUAUGUAAUUAUAACGCAUGUACGCUUGCAUCGGAAGCGGCCAUCGAAAAUCUGAUGAUGCAAGCCAAGAAGAUCAAGUACGACGUCAUCGGACUGACCGAGACGAGACGACGUCACCCUCUCAACGCUGCAUAUGAAACUGGAGAAGAACUGUUCUUAGGAACAUGCGACAGUAGAGGUGUUGGUGAAGUUGGCGUCCUCGUCAACACGAGUAUGGCAAAGAACAUCGACUCUUUCGGACAAUUUACGACCCGAAUCGGGCGUCUGCGGAUGAGAAGAUGUGGUCCAAAAUCAGCUUUAACAAUCUUCGUCGCUCCAACAUCAAGCUACGAAGAAGAAGAAGUCGAAGCUUUCUAUAUGGACCUAGAGAAGUUCUACCGAGAAGACCAUGUCUUCUACAAGGUCAUAAUUGGCAAUUUCAACGCCAAAGUUGGCCCAAGAAGAACGCCUGAAGAACUUCACAUUGGGACCUCCGGCCUACAAUGGAAUGACCAGGGGGAGAGGCUCUCCAAGUUUAUCAUGACGACUAAGACCAUGCAUGAGAACUCGCAAUUCCAGAAGUCCUCUUCUUUAUGCUGGACGUGGGGGUCACUCGGUGGAGGGUGCCGUAAUGAAACAAACUGCAUCAUCGUCAAUAAAAGGUUCUGCCUGACGGACGUCGCUGUUGUACCAAAGUUCUAUACGGGAUCGGACCAUCGCCUCCUGCGAGAAAGAUUUUCUUUCACAAAGAGAGAAGAGAAAGCCGCCAAGUUCAGAGAGAGACAUCCCAGAAUUAUCAUCAACUGGGAUCUCUUCGCUACGCUAGCUGGGUUUUGGGAAGAUUCCGCAAUGGACGAGGAAUAUGACCGGCUCGUUGAACACCUUCACGACUGUGCGAAGAAGGCUGAGAGUUUUAAAACCAUGAAGAGACGCUUGUCUCUUGAAACUCUUGAGCUGAUACGCCAGCGUGGAGCAGCAUGA